AUGAUUUCACCGCUAUUAACUGGUUUGGAUGUGAUUAACUCAUGGACAAUGAGUGUUUGGUUAUCAAUAAUUGUGUUCGGUCUUACAGUCGCAUAUAUACACGAGCAAUUUGUCUAUAUGUCUAAACGUGGUUCUCUUCCUGGUCCCAUAUUAACUGUACCAUUUAUUGGUAGUAUAAUACAAAUGAUUCAGGCACCGUACGAUUUUUGGCAUGGCCAAAUGGAAUACGGUAAAUUAAGUUGGAAUUCUAUUAUUGGCCGUUUUUUUGUACUAAUAGCUGAUAGUGAAAAUAGUAGACGAAUUUUUGAGCGAUGUUCAUCUGAAAUGCCAUUGGUAUUACAUCCAAAUGCAACUCGUUUAUUAGGACAUGACAAUAUCGCGUUUAUGAAUGGUGAUGUUCAUAAAAAAUUACGCAUAGCAUUAUUACCUUUAUUUACUACAAAAGCUCUAUCAAUUUAUUUACAUAUUCAAGAAAAAGCAAUUCGUGAUCAUAUGAACAAAUGGAUUGAAAUGAGUAAAGCAUCAAACAAUGGUAUAGAAAUGCGACCAUUAAUUUAUGAUUUAAAUAUGAAUACAAGUUUAUCAGUUUUCAUUGGUCCUUACAUAACAGAUGAAACUCGUGAACAAUUUAAAAAUGAUUACACAAAUUUAACUCGUGGAAUGUUUGCACCUCCGAUUUAUUUUCCAGGCACACAACUUUAUAAAGGUGUUCGUGCUGCUGAAUCGAUUCGUCGAUCUUUACAAUCUAUUGUCACCAAAAGUAAACAAAGAAUGUCAAUGGAACAAGAAGAACCUGAUUGUUUAAUCGAUUUUUGGGUAGUUUCAACUCUUAAAUCAAUUCAUGACGCACAACAAAACAAUCAACCUAGACCUUUACAUAGUACCGAUGAGGAAAUGGCUAAAAUUGCAUUAGAUUUUCUAUUUGCUGCACAAGAUGCAUCAACUAGUUCGUUAACAUUUGCUGUUCAUGAACUCUGUAAACAUCCUGAUGUUCUGGAAAAAGUUCGUGCAGAACAAAAAGCUCUUCGUCCUGAUCCAUCAGUUCCAAUUACAACUGAAUUAUUACCACAAAUGAAAUAUACAUGGCAAGUUAUGAAAGAACUUUUACGAUUACGUCCACCAGCUACAAUUGCUCUUCAUCUUGCGAAGAAACCCGUAAAAGUUUCUGAAGAUUAUACAGCGCCCAUUGGAACUAUAGUUAUUCCAAGUAUUUGGAGUUCAAAUCGUGUCGGUUUUCCUGAUCCCGAAAAAUUUGAUCCAGAUCGAUUUAACGAAGAAAGAAAAGAACAUAUCAAAUUCGAUAGAAAUUUUCUAACAUUUGGUGCUGGACCACAUUUAUGUCUUGGACAACGUUAUGCUAUGAAUCAUAUUAUGUUAUUUAUGUCUCUUUUAAGUGGUAUGGAUUUUGAACGUGCUGAUCGACCCAAUAAGGAUAAAAUCAUUUAUUUACCCACAAUUUAUCCAGCUGAUGGUUGUGUUCUCAGCUAUUUUAAACCUAGUUAUUGA